AUGAAUUAAAUCAUGUAGCAAGCUUCAGAUAAAAACUUUUUAUGUGAGAGUGAAUUUUGAAUUGAACACCGAAACUUAGUUAAAAUUCAGCUCAGAAAUAUUACUGUUCAAAAAAUAAAUUACAAAACAAAACCAAGCAGCGAACAACACUCAGCAAAAAUAAACAACAGCUAAAAUUUAAUUAAUUGAAUUGGUGUAGUCGACUAAAGAACCAGCAGAAUUCAACGUAAGCUAUUAUGAGAGUGCACACAACAAAAAGCAAAUUGCAGUUUUUAGUAUUAAAAUCCAAAGCAAAAGUCAAAACAAAAACGUGGCAGCAGCGACAGCAGCGGCGGCGGUUAAUUAAAUUUUCAAGGCAACCUCAGCUCCAGCAAAAUAGGCAAAUACUGAGACAGCUGAAAUUACUAAAGCAAACGGUAAUUUUUGAGUGCACGCCACCAGUGGCAGAAGCACUUAAACAACAACUACAAAGGCAAAAAAAACAACAUCAAUAUCUACGCAACAACAAGCGUGAGCAUUCAUUGCUCAAGACAAGGCAAAAUUCAUUACAAUUGAAACACAGUAAAUUGGCUUGCGUAGAGCUAACAGAUUUGUUGUUGUUGUGCUGUCAACCAGUUGUUAACAAUAAUAAAGUGCAGUACAACAACAACAACAACAUCAGCAUCAACAACAACAAUAACAGUUGCAGUGGUGUUGAGAGUAAAGCGAAAGACGACGACGCAGUGCCGGUAAAUAAAUCAAAAUUAAACUCUUUAAGACGGAGGGACUAACAUUUGCAUUGCUGGCGGGCCCCAUGGGCCAGGCUGCAAGUAUGUGCCGAUUUCGUGGAUGUCGCUACAAAAAGAAUAAGACAACAAAAAAUACGACUACAACAGGAGCUGCAACACCAGCAGCCACUGCAACAGCGGCAGCGGCGGCGGAGGUGACGGCGACGCCGACGGCAGCGAAUAGUGAAGCAGCAGCAGCAACAACAGUUAAUAGUGCCACUGUAGCAGCAAUAACAACAACAACGGCUGUCACAACGACAGCAAACACGGGGAAUAGUUCACCGGUGUCAGGCCUACAAUUGCGUUGCAUUGAAGAGCCAACCAGCGCAACGCAGUGUCAAACACAACAAACACAUCACUACUACACCGGUGGCGGUGGUGGGGGACGUAUGCCUACGGCGGAGCAGGGGGGCACAGGGUGCGUAACAUUUGAAAAUGCCAAUGCGUUAAAUCAACGUACCACCGGUGUCCCCCUGCAAUUGCAAACCACCACACAAAGUCAUUAUAGCCAACAUCAGUACCAACACCAACAACAACAGAGCAUGCACACCAUGCAACAUACCACACAAAAGGGUUAUGAUGCCGAACAGGCGCGUAUGGAAGCGUGGAUGGAUGAGAAUCAAGAAUUUGUACAGGAUUAUUUUAUAAGAAAAGCCACACGACAGGUUGUUGAUGCUUGGCUCGUCUCCCAUGCCACCUCCGCUGGUAAUGAUGUCUCAUUGACAGGCUCACCUACGCACACAAAUGGGCAGAGUUGUUCGUCACGUGGUGGCUCAGGUGCGACAACGCCAGUGAGAAAAAUAUCAGCACACGAAUUUGAACGCGGUGGUCUACUGAAGCCAAUUGUCAACACCAUUGAUGGUACACCGACAUUCUUAAGUGUAGGCACACAAAAUGAUUGCUCAACAAACAACAGUAUCGGUAAUAUUGGCGGUAGUAAUGGCAAUAGCAUUGGUAUUGGCAGUGGCGGCAGCAGCGGCCUCGGCAGUGGAGUUGGUGGUGGUGGUAACUAUAAUACAGCCAAUGGCACAAGUACACUGGGCGCGCAUCACUAUCACACGCACGGUCAUCACAGUUAUAGUAGUCAUCAUCAUGGACAGAGUGCGCACAGUUACGGCAGCAUGGGCUAUUAUCGGCCACAACGCUUGUCGCGUAACGAACUGAAGGCGUUGGAUGAGAAGGAGUUGAUUUUUGAACUGGUAAAGGAUAUCUGCAACGAACUGGAAGUACGUACAUUGUGCCAUAAAAUCCUGCAAAACGUUUCCAUACUUUUGAAUGCCGAUCGAGGUUCAUUGUUUUUGGUGCAAGGACGUUGCAAUACCGGCGUUGAUGGACCUAAGAAAUGUCUCGUUUCCAAACUGUUUGAUGUUUGUCCACGCAGCACCGUGGAGGAGAUGGAACAGCAGGAAGAGGUUCGCGUUGCAUGGGGUUCAGGCAUUGCUGGGCAUGUAGCCGAGAGCGGUGAGCCGGUUAAUAUACCGGAUGCAUAUCAGGAUGAACGCUUCAAUGGUGAAAUCGACAGCAUAACUGGCUAUCGAACAAAAGCGCUGCUCUGUAUGCCUAUUAAGGAUUCAUCAGGCGAUGUCAUCGGUGUGGCACAGGUCAUUAAUAAAUUAAAUGGUGAAUGCUUCACAGAGGCCGAUGAGAAGGUCUUUGCCUCAUAUCUACAAUUCUGUGGCAUCGGAUUGCGCAACGCUCAGCUGUACGAGAAAUCCCAAUUGGAAAUUAAGCGUAAUCAAGUUCUACUCGAUUUAGCGCGUAUGAUCUUCGAAGAGCAGAGCACAAUUGAGCACAUGGUAUUCCGUAUACUAACACACAUGCAAAGUCUUAUACAGUGUCAGCGUGUACAGAUCUUGUUGUUGCAUGAGGCAUCGAAGGGCAGCUUUUCGCGUGUGUUUGAUUUUGAAGCGAAUGAUCUCAGUCAUGAGGAGAAUACGUCACGUACGAGUCCGCAUGAGUCACGUUUCCCCAUAAAUGUGGGCAUCACCGGCUAUGUGGCAACGACUGGUGAGACUGUAAACAUACCAAAUGCAUACGAAGAUGAUCGCUUCGAUGCUAAUGUCGAUGCCGAAGGCAACUUCAAGCACAAAUCCAUCUUAUGUAUGGCAAUUAAAAAUUCGCUUGGCCAAAUUAUUGGCGUCAUACAGCUGAUAAACAAAUUUGAUGAUCUGAACUUUACCAAAAACGACGAGAAUUUUGUUGAAGCCUUUGCCAUCUUCUGUGGCAUGGGCAUACAUAAUACACACAUGUAUGAGAAAGCGAUUGUGGCGAUGGCCAAGCAGAGUGUCACAUUGGAGGUGCUGAGCUAUCACGCAUCGGCGACUAUUGAUGAGGCCCAUCGUUUGAGGCGAUUACGCGUGCCAUCUGCAGCCCAUUUCCGCUUGCACGAUUUUCGUUUCGAUGACAUACACUUUGAGGAUGAUGACACACUGAAGGCUUGUCUACGCAUGUUCCUCGAUUUGGAUUUUGUUGAACGCUUUCACAUUGACUACGAAGUCCUCUGCCGUUGGCUGUUGAGCGUGAAGAAAAAUUAUCGCAAUGUUACUUAUCACAAUUGGCGGCACGCCUUUAAUGUGGCACAAAUGAUGUUUGCCAUACUGACGAUUUCCCAUAACGGACAGGCGACGCAGUGGUGGAAGAUUUUCGGUGAGAUUGAAUGUUUGGCAUUGAUUAUUGGUUGCCUCUGUCACGAUUUGGAUCAUCGGGGGACUAAUAACUCCUUCCAAAUUAAAGCCUCAUCACCAUUGGCUCAACUCUAUUCGACUUCAACUAUGGAACAUCAUCAUUUCGAUCAGUGUUUGAUGAUUUUAAAUAGUCCUGGCAAUCAGAUUUUGGCAAAUUUGUCAUCAGACGAUUAUUGUCGGGUGAUUCGUGUGUUGGAGGAUGCCAUAUUAUCGACGGACUUGGCGGUGUAUUUUAGAAAACGCGGUCCUUUCCUGCAAUCUGUGCAAGAACAACCUCUCAGCUAUUGGGAGGCUGACGAACCGCGUGCUCUAUUGCGUGCAAUGAGCAUGACUGUCUGUGAUUUAUCGGCUAUUACUAAGCCGUGGGAUAUUGAGAAACGUGUUGCCGAUUUAGUGAGCUCAGAGUUCUUCGAACAGGGUGAUAUGGAGAAGCAGGAAUUGAAUAUAAUGCCAAUUGACAUCAUGAACCGCGAGAAGGAAGAUGAGUUGCCCAUGAUGCAAGUUAACUUCAUCGAAUCAAUUUGCUUGCCAAUUUAUGAAGCUUUUGCCAAUCUUUCCGACAAAUUGGAGCCGCUGGUCGAAGGAGUGCGCGAUAAUCGCGAGCAUUGGAUUGAGCUGGCGCAACAAGUACAAGAUAAAGAGAAAACCGCUGCUGCCAACAACAACAAUGCUAACGGUUGCACAGAAACAACGACAAAACAGCAAAACGGUUGCAUUUCGGAUGGCCGAAGCGAUAUGACGGAUGAGAUCGUUGCCACGAAUACAACAAAUUUUGACAGCAAUGCCGACGAUGGCAUAUCAACCGGCGCAGAGUGUGAAAUCGACGAACAGAGUGAUGGCAAAAACUCAAAGGACAAUUGUAUACCAAACAACAACAAUGGUGAAGGUAAUGGUAAUGAUGAUGGCGAUGACGACGAGGAGAAUGAGCACUUGUGCGCCGAGGAGGAAGAGGCGGCUAUCGAAGCAGAUGAUGAUGAUUCGGACGUGGAGGUUACGCGUCAUUCCAACGGUUGCUUUUCAUCCGGCUCAAGUCGUCUGAGUACACCGCCACCAACCGGCGAAGAUGACAGUCUACCCACGUCACCGGCCAAGACGUCUGCGACGACGACGCAGGCCAAACUGAUCGCAGCCAAUUUGAAUAAUCUUAAUCAACGUACGCUGAAAUCGACGCGCAAUUGCUGCCGCAGCUGUGAAUAUGUUCGCUGCGGCGGUAAUAUGCGCAAAGCGUCCUCCCUGAAGGGCACCAAAGAGCUGCAGCAGCAACUGAGCGCACAAAAUGGAGGCGGUGGCGGCACAUGUGGCUACUACAGCCGAAGCGCGCCUUCAAUGAGCAGUUGCGGUGUGACGACGAAUAACACGCAACAACAACAACUACAAAAACAUACUAGCAAUAAAACUAAUAGUCACAUGCAACACCGUCAUGCACAUCAACACCACCACCAAUACCACCAUCAUCAUCAUCAUCAUCACCAUCACAGCAAUCAGCAUGCGCCCUUUAGCGGCAAUGGCACCGGUGGCAAUACAUCGAGUGGCGCUGAGAGUGAUCGCAUACCGAAAAUCGUUGGUAAACUGGGUAACAUUGAUAGUUUGCAAUAUCUCGCUAGCGGAGGCAAUGGCAGCGCCGGUGAAGCGCUGCUCCAUUCAAACGCAAGCUCAGGCACUCCGAAUGGCAUUGCCUUCACACCCAACGGACAUGUCACUUAUUUUGCUGCCAGCGAUGUACCGACGGUGGUGGUGUCGCCGAUUGCGACGGCAGCGGCUACGGUGGUAACCGCGAUGACGGCGUCGGCAUCAGCGACGGCGACAAACUCUUGUGAUAAAUGAAGAGGGGAGUAGGUUAAGUGUAGGCGGUAUUUAUGUGGUAUUUAGUAUGGCUACAUACGUACGUAUGUGGAGAAUAUAAAAAAGUGCUUACAUACAUAGGAAGAGUGUGAGUUUUGCUAGCGAAAGAGUACUUCUUGCCGACUUUUAUGGACUUUUUGUUACACGAAAAGUAGCUGUUAAGAGCAUAAAACAUUAAAACAUAAAAUGCAAAGACCUUUUUGAGGUAAAAAUUUUGUAGAAAAACAAAUUUCUCA